UCAUAAACUUUCAUUCAGUAAUCAUGAACCUUUUCGUAGUUCAGACGAUCCUCAUCUUGCUGGGCUUGGGGCCCUUCAUGGAGAGUACCGGCGGGGUAGCGGGGCUCCCGGGGCUCCCGGAGGACAACCCGAGAUGUGCCGCCCUGGUGGAGGCCGCCAAGGCCGAGUACCGAAAAUUGUACGCGGCGGGACUGAAAGACUCUCCUAAUUUGAUGGAUCUGAUACUGACAAAUUUGGGGAUUGCUUCUAACGACACCUUUAAGACCAUAGAAAGGAAAGUCUUUAAUAAUACCGAUGAAACGGGGCAUGAAACCGGAAAAAAGACAGUCGUUGAGAAGACGACAGAGACUGACAUAGCACCCAACGGAACUGUAUCAAAGACUUCCGAAACCACGGUCGAUAUAGAUGAGUACGGUAAACAAAGUGGUGAGAAAUCUGUGACAGAAAGAGAAACCGUGAUAGGACAGACUCCAGACAAUGAGACCAUAACACAAACGGUGGACGUUGAAAAGGUAAUGGACGAAGCGGGUAAUGAAAUAAAGGAGGAAGUUGUUAUUAAGAAGGAAUUAAUAGUACAACCUCCUACCAAUACGACUGAUGCAAAUCUUAUCGUUCCAAAAGUAGGGGCGGACGACAAAGGUAAAAACAAAACAGAAUUAAAACUUGGUGCCUCAGAAAAGAGCGAUGGACUUGAGAAAGUAGAACGAUCAGAGGAAAUAAAGGAGAUUCUGCCCGGCAAUAUAACGAAUGAAGUGUUAGUUAAAGAGAUGAAAGAACAGCUUUCUCCACAGGAAAGCACCAAGGUGACAUCUGUGGAAAGGAAGAAUGUUACAAAGAAGGAUGAUGGACUUCAGACAGUAGAACGAUCAGAGGAAAUAAAGGAGAUUCUGCCCGGCAAUAUAACGAAUGAAGUGUUAGUUAAAGAGAAAGAAGAACAACUUUCUCCACAGGAAAGCACCAAGGUGACAUCUGUGGAAAGGAAGAAUGUUACAGAGAAGGAUGAUGGACUUCAGACAGUAGAACGAUCAGAGGAAAUAAAGGAGAUUCUGCCCGGCAAUAUAACGAAUGAAGUGUUAGUUAAAGAGAAAGAAGAACAACUUUCUCCACAGGAAAGCACCAAGGUGACAUCUGUGGAAAGGAAGAAUGUUACAGAGAAAGAUGAUGGAAAAGAUGUCGAGAAAGAAACUGUAAUUCAAAAAGAAGUCGAAAAGAAUGUGAGUGAUAGCGACAUCAAAGAGGUUCGUAACGAAAAACAUCUUAAUGAAACAAUUGAAGACUUGAAACACCAAGUUGAUGACGUGAAAAACAAGAUUAAGGAAGAAAAAGCAAAGGCUGAAGAAACAAAUGCUACGCGUAGCCUAUGCGUCGUAAAAGAACCAAGUGCUGCCCCUAUCAUUCAAGAAGGUGAAGUCGUUGAAAAGACAGUCCCUGCUGUGACGCCGGCGAAGGUUGCUGAAAAGAUUCCCCCCACGGUGACGGAAGGAAAAGUUCUCGUUGUGACAAAAGAGAAGGCUGUUGAGCAGGCUGCCCCUCCGGUGACAGAGGAGAUCGUAAGUGUCUCUAAGGAGCAAGAAGAAGUCCCUGUUGUGGCAGAAGAGAAGGUUAUUGAAAAGAUUAUUCCCUCGGUGACAGAAGGAAAGGUCCCGGCAGUCCCUGAACAGGAGGUUGUUGAAAAAGUUGCCCCAUCGCCGACAGAAGAAAAAGUUCCUGUUGUGACACAAGAAAAGAUUAUUGAGCAGAAUACCCCACUAGAAAGGGUUAUUGAACAGGUUGCCCCAUCGCCAACAGAAGAAAAAGUUCCUGUUGUGACACAAGAAAGGGUUAUUGAACAGGCUGCCCCAUCGCCAACAGAAGAAAAAGUUCCUGUUGUGACACAAGAAAGGGUUAUUGAACAGGCUGUCCCACAAGAAGGGGUUAUUGAACAGGCUGCCCCACAAGAAAGGGUUAUUGAACAGGCUGCCCCACAAGAAAGGGUUAUUGAACAGGCUGCCCCACAAGAAAGGGUUAUUGAACAGGUUGCCCCACAAGAAAGGGUUAUUGAAAAGGUUGCCCCACAAGAAAGGGUUAUUGAAAAGGUUGCCCCAUCGCCGACAGAAGAAAAAGUUCCUGUUGUGACACAAGAAAGGGUUAUUGAACAGGCUGUCCCACAAGAAAGGGUUAUUGAACAGGCUGUCCCACAAGAAAGGGUUAUUGAACAGGCUGUCCCACAAGAAGGGGUUAUUGAACAGGCUGCCCCAUCGCCGACAGAAGAAAAAGUUCCUGUUGUGACACAAGAAAGGGUUAUUGAACAGGCUGCCCCAUCGCCGACAGAAGAAAAAGUUCCUGUUGUGACACAAGAAAGGGUUAUUGAACAGGCUGCCCCAUCGCCGACAGAAGAAAAAGUUCCUGUUGUGACACAAGAAAGGGCUAUUGAGCAGAAUGCCCCACAAGAAAGGGUUAUUGAACAGGCUGUCCCACAAGAAAGGGCUACUGAACAGGCUGCCCCUACGGCGACAGAAGAGAUUGUCACUGUUUCUAAAGAGAAAGAAGAAAUCCCUGUUGUAACAGAGGAAAAGGUUCCCGUUGUGACAAAUCAGACAGUUGUUGAAAAAAUUACUCCUUCCAUAACAGAAGAAAAAGUUGUCACUCGACAGAAGGUUGUUGAGAAGGGUGCCCCCUCUGUCAAGGAAAGCGUAGUUUCCAUUCCAAAGAGGGAGGAAGGAGUAGUUGAAAGAAUUGCUCCUGUUGUAAAGGAAGCAAUUACAACAGAGUAGUGAUAACGUGUUGCUGUUUCUCUUAUCUAUUUCAUUGAACCUCACCUAACUAAA